AUGGGAAAGCUAAUAACCACUUCUAAACCACUCAUCCUCCAAUCAAAGCUCCUCUGUUUUUCUCUGCUCUAUCUCUUCACUACUCUUUUCCUUGCUCUUUACGCCAUUUUAUCUCAAUCCAAAUGCCUCUUCAGAUCAUCCCCUUUGGAUCCCAUUCAGAAUUCUCUUUUCUCUUACCCUUCUUCCUAUGGAGAACACAAGUACGCUGUCUCAACCACCCGUUCUACAUGCUCUUCCCCUGUUUACUUUUCAGAUUACUUGGAUGUUGUGAAGGAGAUCAAGAAUUCCCUCAAGAACUCUUCAGCUUACUCAAGGGUUCUGGGGUAUAUGCAGGGGAAUGCUGAUAGUUUUGGUGGGAAUCUCAGCACCCUUACGAGAUUUUCAUAUUUUGAUCAUCAAAAUGAUAGCACAGAAGUUCCCUGUGGAUUUCUGAAGAAGUUCCCAAUCAGUGAUUCUGAUCGAAUUGCCAUGGAAAAGUGUGACAGUGUAGUUGUAGUUUCAGCAAUGUUCAAUGACCAUGACAAAAUCCGGCAACCGAAGGGCCUUGGGUCCAAAACACUGGAAGAUGUGUGUUUCUUCAUGUUCAUAGAUGAUGUUACCCUCAAAGGUCUUGAACAUCAUGGAUUGAUUUCAAUAAAAUCCAGAGAAUACAAGAUAGGUGUAUGGAAGAUUGUGAAGGUUGCAAAAGAAGAUUUGUAUCAGAACCCAGCAAUGAAUGGGAUUAUACCAAAAUAUUUAGUCCAUAGGCUAUUCCCAAAUUCCCAAUUCAGCAUUUGGGUUGAUGCAAAGUUGCAAUUGAUGGUUGAUCCGUUGUUGCUGAUUCAUUCACUUGUUAUAUCUGAGAAUGUAGACAUGGCUAUAUCAAAACACCCUUUUUAUGUUCAUACCAUGGAAGAAGCAAUGGCAACAGCAAGGUGGAAGAAAUGGUGGGAUGUCAACGCCCUGAAGAUGCAAAUGGAGACAUACUGUGAAAAUGGACUGCAACCAUGGAGUCCCAGCAAGCAGCCCUAUGCCUCAGAUGUGCCAGACAGUGCUCUCAUAUUGAGGAGGCAUGGAGUGGAGAGUAACCUCUUCUCGUGUCUUAUGUUCAAUGAGUUGGAAGCAUUUAACCCAAGAGACCAAUUACCCUUUGCAUUUGUUAGGGAUCACAUGAAGCCCAACCUCAAGCUGAACAUGUUUGAGGUGGAAGUUUUUGAACAAGUGACAGUGGAAUACAGGCACAAUCUCAAGAGCAGUGAUGGGACCAUUGUCAAGAAAAUGUCCAGUUCAGGAAGAACCAAAAGGGCACACCCAGAUUUGUUAUAUGUGAAUGGUAGCUGUUGCAGCAGGUGCCAGAAGUAUCUGUCCACUAUGUGGGGUGAAUCCAAUGAUUGAUAAAACCCCAUAACCGCAGUAAAGAGUCAAUAAAUAAACAAAAAUCAUAGAAAGAUAAAAAGAAACUAAUAGCUGGAUUUGUCUUUUAACAAAGUGCCAAGGAUAUUAACAAUGCAAAAAGAAAAUAGAAGAAAAACAAUUCUUUUAUUGAUAGAGAAAAGCUGACAACCUGUCACAGGUUAGCAGACUUGUCCUUUGUAUUUAUUCGUUUCCAAAUAUUCUCUAUCCUCAAAUUUUUAUUUUUUUUAAUUAUUAAAUGGCCAAGGUUGUCUUUGUUGUAAAGUGUGAAGAGAAUAAUGGAAACGUUAGCAAAACGAUUUGUUUUCUAUAUAAACUAAUAAAGUGAG